GAAAAAAGGAUCGGAUGAAAGGAAAAUAUACUAUGAUUAGAAAUGGAAACUGAAUAAAAACUUCUAUAAAACGUGACAAAAGGUGCAAGAUCAAUUACAUUCGAGGCUGCAAGCAAGUGUGGCAGAAUACUUUCUUAUAUAGACUAGUUCAAAACAAUCGAUAAAAUGACUCAUUUCUUUAAUGGGCUUCAAAUCAGACCAAUAUCUAAGAUUCUUCAUAUUGGUCAAAGGGAAAUAAAUAUUAUAUCUAAGUUUUUAGUAACUGGUGACCUAGUGAUUGUGUCAGUCUACAACAAAAACAAGGAAGAGCGCACAUUCCAUUUUCUGCAUGUAUCUGACGAUCAAUGGAAGUUAAUAGAAGAUACCAGUGGUACUCUUUGUGUUACUGUUUAUGGUGUUCGAUCUGAAAAUUACCAAGUUGUUGUCAGCGGUCAGAUAACAUUACACCAUAAAGAUGAUAAUGAUACCAUAUACAUGCUUAGCAUGAAUAACCAUACACAGAGAACAACUAGUUUAUUUCAUAUACAGAUGGAGAUUGACGAUUUCGAUGUUGAAAUUCGCCAAAAUGUUCAAACUACUAACCUUCAAACGUCAACUAUCGAGUUUCAUUGUCCUGUAACAAGAGAGAGCCCAAAAAGUUACAUCCACAUGCUUAAAUCUGAUGAUGGUUGUGAAUAUAUCAGAGAAAUGAAACACGAAUCCGAUACAAUAUCUUGCCAAUGGAACUUACAAUCAAGAUAUAAAUACCAGUAUAAAAUAUUCCAUGUUAAAGAAGCGUCUACAGUGAUCCACAAGUACAUGGUCAAAUCAGCUUCUAAAUGUCUCUCUUUUGUGACACAUGCCACAAAAUCAGAAAUAAGUGAACUCUUUAAUUUGGCUGAAAAGUUCAGAGCAAAACGAUUAAGUAACAGACGCACAACCAAAACGAUUCCAGUACCAUAUUUAUAUCGAAACAAACCAAGAAAUCAUGAAACAAUCCAAGAAGCUCAAAGAACUGGUAUUAUGGCGAAAUACAUCAAGGACAAUAAUGGAGACCAAUCAUCAAGUAUCAAUAACCAAAUUCAUGGACUCUUUUUUAGUGCCUCGGCUUGUAAGAGGACAAAAAUGCCUCCUGAAUUUAGUUAUUUCGGUGAUUACCGUCUGAUGAUUCCCCCUCAACAUCUGUUACCAAAUCUCAACAUAUAUUUUGCUGAUUUUUACUGCCAAGCACCCAAACGACCACAUUAUGUAACAUUGGUAUUAACUAAACCAGGAAGCGUGGAAGAUGUGUACUGUAGCCCACGAUUACCCAAACUUAAUAUUCAUUCCAACAAAUUUUUGUAUUAUGAUCCUCAUAUCGGUUAUCGGGUCACAAAAGCCUGUCACAUUGAAUGUCUUUAUACUGAGGAUAUAAAUUUGACUUCAAUGAGAGAGAAAAUAGGGGUUGUUGAAACCAACAUUACAAAUGUAAGGGGUAGAGGCCAAAGUCGUCCGGAGGGCAUUCCUAAAUAUGAACAUUGUGAGGAUUGCAACUUGCCCAAAAAGUAA